CUUAUUUUAAACAUAUAAAUUAGCUUUAAAAGUUCUUUAGAUACGACAUAUCACGUGUCACAAAUAUAAAUUGAUAUACUAAAAAGACAUAAUAAGAUUAUAAUCAAUCAUAAACAGUUCGAUCAUGAAAAAGAAAGUUCUUAUAAACAACAUGAUGCUAUAAUAUAUUGUUAUCAUUAUAUAAGCUUGGAUUUCUAUGAUUUGAUUACUGAAAGUUUAAUUUAUAUCAAAAAGAAAUUGAAAUAACUACAAAAUCAUUUAUAAUGACAGAUUAAAAAAUAAUAAUCACUUAGCUAAAUUUAAUGUACGCGUAGAUAUAUUGAUUAAACGGCAGAUUAUAAUCGAUCUUUUAUAAAACUUUAACAAGUUACAUCCGAUAUUUUAAUAAAUGUAAGCAAGCAGUCAAAGAGUUUAAAAGUAAGAUAAUAACUAAAGAAGCUAACCCCUCCAGUCAAAAACAAAUUUCCAUUGACCAGCAUAUUCAUUCGUAUUUCUAAAGCCAGUCGAGAAACAUAUCUCAUGCGAAUCUCUUUCAAGCUGACAGACCCGAAGGCUCAAACUUCUGACGCACGUGCGUCGAGGAUCAUAUUCAACAAAUUAUGAUUAAAAUAUCUUGUAACAUGCAAGCAGAUUCUUGCACUGAAAUAGUACCUCAAGAAAGUAAAAGAGAUAAAGUACUGAGCAAUAAAAAACAAAUGAGAGGUCAAACAAUGACUGGCCUCACACAUGAAUGUGGAGUUUUUGGAUGCAUUGCUGCAGGUGACUGGCCAUCACAAAUUGACGUUGCUCAAGUGAUUUGUUUAGGUUUAGUGGCAUUACAACAUAGAGGUCAAGAAAGUGCAGGCAUUGUUACAAGUGAAGGUGUAUGUUCAAAAUCUUUUCAUGUCCACAAGGGUAUGGGUAUGAUUAAUAACAUUUUCAAUGAUGAAAACAUGAAAAAACUCAGUGGAAAUCUUGGAAUUGGUCAUACUAGAUAUAGUACAAGCGCAGCUAGUGAAGAAGUUAAUUGUCAACCAUUUGUAGUUCAUACUGCACAUGGAGCAUUAGCAGUUGCACACAAUGGAGAGCUAGUGAAUACAGAAUCAUUAAGAAAAAUGGUAUUAGGACGUGGAGUUGGUUUAUCAACUCUCUCAGAUUCUGAAUUAAUAACACAAGCACUUUGUUUGAAUCCUCCUGAAGGUGAAGUUAAUGGCCCAGAUUGGCCAGCACGUAUAAAACACCUCAUGCAAUUAGCACCAUUAUCAUAUUCAUUAGUAAUUAUGCAAAGAGAUAAGAUAUACGGCGUUAGAGAUCCAUAUGGAAAUCGUCCAUUAUGUCUUGGAAAAAUUGUACCAAUUGGUAAUUUAGGGAAUGAAUCAGAUGAUGAUGAUGAAGCUGAAGGUUGGGUUAUUUCGUCCGAAUCAUGUGGUUUCUUAAGUAUUGGAGCGCGAUACGUACGUGAAGUAUUUCCUGGAGAAAUUGUAGAAUUAACACGCGAAGGUAUUAAAACUAUAGACAUUGUUGAUAGACCAGACAAAAAGCCUCAGGCAUUUUGCAUCUUUGAAUACGUUUAUUUCGCACGUAGCGACAGUAUUUUCGAAGGACAAAUGGUUUAUUCUGUUCGCAUGCAAUGUGGACGAGAACUUGCUUUAGAAUCUCCGGUAGAAGCAGAUAUAGUUAGUUCAGUACCCGAAUCUGGAACUGCAGCAGCACAUGGUUAUGCCAGAGAGUCUCAAAUAUCUUUUGCGGAAGUGCUGUGCAAGAAUAGAUAUGUUGGCCGAACGUUUAUUCAGCCCAGUACACGACUUAGACAACUUGGCGUGGCAAAAAAAUUUGGAGCUUUAUCAGAAAAUGUAAAAGGAAAAAAAUUAAUUCUUAUAGAUGAUUCGAUUGUUAGAGGAAAUACUAUUGGACCUAUUAUUAAGUUACUUCGCGAUGCAGGAGCGAAAGAAGUUCAUAUUAGAAUUGCUUCCCCUCCAUUAAAAUACCCUUGUUAUAUGGGAAUUAACAUACCAACAAGAGAAGAAUUAAUUGCUAAUAAAUUGGAUAAUGUGAAAUUAGCGAAACAUGUUGGAGCUGAUAGUUUAACAUACCUUUCAGUGGACGGACUUGUAAAAGCCGUAAGAUUUGGUAUGGAUAACCGUGAAAGUAGUUAUAUUGGUCAUUGUACUGCCUGUUUGACAGGAGACUAUCCUGAUGAACUUCCUAGUGAUUUGGAAUGGUAAAA